AUGGUCACAGUUGGUGGUUUGGUGACACCAUUGCUGUCCACUCUUGCCAGUGGCGGUACCGUCGUCUUCUCGAAGUUCAACGCGGCAAAUCACUGGAAGAUUGUGCUAAAGCACGGCGUCACCUGGUACACGGCCGUGCCCGAGAUGCACAAGCAGAUUCUUGAACAGCAGAAUGGACAGGUUCUACAGCGCUGCCAGCAUUCCGUGCGAUUUAUCCGCAAUGGCAGCGGUUGCCUGCCACAGGAGAUGCGUGCACGCUGCAAAUUACAAGUCCUAGCGCAGCUAGCAGUGCAUUGCAAGCUUCGCUCCAUUCCGCUCUCGAGUGAGCGUGGAAAAUGCCAGGAGUUCGUGGAUCAGAUGACCCGCCUCUUCAAUACACAAGUCGUCGUGGCCUAUGGCAUGACCGAGGAAGAACUCCGUGCCUUCGGCUGCAGGAACCGUGAGGUUGGGAAGCCUGCCAAACACAUUUGCCUGCGCAUCUUCGACGAGAACCUCCGCGCAGUUGCUCACGGCGUCCAAGGAGAUUUGUUUGGCUGGGCGGGGCGCCUGGAGCCGUCUAUGUUUGCCGGCUAUUGGGGCCCCGGGGUGGAAGAGGUGAACGGACGGGUCUUCUUCACAGACUCAGAUGGUACACGCUGGUACCGGACCGGCGACGUUGGCACACAAGAUCCUGAUGGUUAUGUCUUCAUUGUUGGCCGCAUGAACAACAUGAUGAAGAUUAACGGCUACAAGGUGUUCCCUGAGCGCAUGGAACAAGAGCUCGAGAAGAAGUUCCCCAGCCUGCGGUUCGUGCUGGUGGGCCUUUCAGACGAAAAUGGUGCGGAUUCCUUGACAUUGAUGGUCCAGAAGCGGCAUUCCGAAAGUGAAGAUGUGAGCAUGGUCGCCAUCUGCCAUGAAGUUGCCGCCAUUGCGCGAUUCGGCGUGUCCUUCCCGCUCCCCAAAACCGCUCACCUGGUCAGCCCGGAGCAGAGAAUGACGACCAAGUCCAGCAGCAAGGUCGAUCGGAAGCUGGCAGCAGCAUUGGCUCAACAUGCAGACUGCCUGGCUCAGCAUCACGUUCUUGAUUUGGCCCUCUUUGGUGGCGAGCCGUUGGAUGAUCGAAAGCCCCGUGAUUGGUGGAUUGCUCUGGCCACGAAACUUCUGCACGCACUCGGGGUCGAUGAUCUGGACGCAACGACUUCGGUGGCUACUCUGGGGCUCACCUCUCUGCAGGUCAUGGCUUUCACAAACAUGAUGAGCAUCUACACCUCGGAAUUCUUGAAUACCAGGGUGCUCAUCAGUACUGUCCUGCAUGCGCAGACACUGGAGGAGCUCGUGGAUAGUUUUGUGGCAACAACGUCUUGGCGAAGCCUGCCCACACAACCUAGGAGGCCGGCAAGAUCAGGAAAUGUUAAACUGUCACCUGGGUGUUCGUACGUGCCAUGA